AGUAGUACAAAUUUUCUCAGAAUUUUAUCGAAAACCAAAGUCAAAUUAGAAAAAUAGAGCAUACGAUACUUUGUUUGUUUAUAUAGCUACUAUAUAUCUAGGUCCUCCUAUAAGGAUACAUGUGCAAAGGUGGAAACACUUGAAUAGUUUCACCAUUACAUCUAAGUUGCAUAUUGAAUUGUAUCGUCGAAGCAAAUGGCCAGCUCUGUAAUCUGUGUGUUUGUUUUCUGCCUGCUAGCAAGUUCAUUUUCAUCCAAAGCUCUUAAUUUUAAGCUUUCCACAAAGGAGCAACAAAAUUGGAUAAACCAUGGUGGAGACAUAUACAACAGAAGAUAUGCUAACAAAGAACACAAAAUCAACCUUGAAACCGUUUCAAACUUGACACUAAAAUGGAAAUUCUAUGCAGGAAAAGACAUAACUGCAACCCCAUCAAUUUUUGAUGGAACUCUCUACUUUCCAUCAUGGAAAGGUGAAAUCUUUGCAGUAAGGGAAUGUGAUGGAAGCCUUGUUUGGAAGCAAAACUUGCAAGAACUAACAGGAUUAAAACCAACAGGGUUGGUUGCUGGUGUUAAUUGGACAGUGUCUAGGGCAACACCAACCAUAGCUGAUGAAUUUGUGAUUGUUGGAAUCUAUGGUCCUGCUGUGGUUAUUGCUCUUAAGAGAUUAACAGGAGAGUUAGUUUGGCAAACAAGGUUGGAUAGACAUGACUCAAGUGUUUUGACAAUGUCUGGAACUUACUAUAAAAGGGCUUUUUAUGUAGGUACAUCAUCAUUAGAAGAAGGAUUAAGUCCUGAACAAUGUUGCACUUUCCGGGGAAGCUUUUCAAAAUUAGAUAUUCACACCGGUGCCAUCUUGUGGCAAACCUACAUGCUGCCGGAUAACCAUGGAAAACUAGGAGAGUACGCCGGAGCCGCCGUGUGGGGAAGCAGCCCUUCCAUUGAUGAGGCAAGGAACCAUGUGUACAUUGCCACCGGGAACUUGUACUCGGCGCCUUUGCGCGUUCGCCGGUGUCAAGAGAAACAGAACAACCUAACAACGCGGCCAACGCACCCGGACGAGUGCGUUGAAGAGGAGAAUCACUCGAAUUCGAUUCUUGCUUUGGGUUUGGACAAUGGUGAUAUCAAGUGGUAUCAUCAAUUGGGAGGGUAUGAUGUAUGGUUCUUGGCGUGCAACAAUGUAUCUUCAUCUCCUGAUUGUCCUCCAGGUCCUAAUCCAGAUGCUGAUUUUUCUGAAGCACCGAUGAUGAUAACAAUUGAUGUGAAGGGAAGAAAGGAAGAUAUUAUUGUUGCUGUGCAAAAGAGUGGUUUUGCUUGGGCUUUGCACCGGGACAACGGCAACAUUGUUUGGUCAACGGAAGCUGGGCCAGGUGGGAUUGCAGGAGGCGGAUACUGGGGGGCAGCAACCGACACAAAGAUGGUAUACACCAACAUUGCAAACUCUGAUGCCAAAAAUUUCACUCUUAAACCCUCGAACAAGACCACAACCAGUGGGGGUUGGGUGGCAAUGGAUGCUAGUAGUGGCACAAUACUAUGGUCAGUUGGAAACCCUAGCAAUGCCACUGCCAGUGGACCUGUUAGUGUGGCUAAUGACAUUGUCUUUGCAGGCUCCCCAGAUUGGAAGGGUUCUAUUUAUGCAAUUAAUGCAAAGAGUGGUGAAAUUGUUUGGUCCUUUGAGACUGGUGCUACUGUUUAUGGUGGAAUGUCAAUUAUUGAUGGAUGUAUAUACCUUGGAAAUGGGUAUAAUGUUAGUCUUGGAUUGUUUUUUGGGAACCACUCUUCUGGAACCUCGCUUUAUGCAUUUUGUGUCUAAGCAAAAUACACCAACACCAAAGUAAUAAUCUUCCUUCAUUUCUUAAUGGAAAGAAAGGAAACUUAGUCAUGGACUCUGUUGGAUUUUGAUCUAUAUAUAUUAUAAUAAAAAGAAAAGACGUGUGACUAUGUAUUAUAGAGUGAAUAUCCCAUCCAACCCUGACAAUUACUUUAAAAGGACAACGAGACUCUUAAGAAAAAAAAAUUCAAUCUGGUUCCUGAUAUUUUUUUUUUAGGACUGAUUAGUCCCUAUGAAAAAAAACAACCUAGAUUUUUUUUAGCACAGCGACUUUGUCGUCCUUUCGAAAUAAUUGUCAGGAACCAGGUUAAAUUUUUUUCUGUUAAAGACCUCGUUGCCUUUCGAAAUAAUUAUCAGGACUAUUUUAGGUUUUAUUCUAUAUUAUAAUAUAGCCUCUUGAAGUUUUUUAA